AUGACCCCUCGCUGUCCGGCCGACGCCCCAGACGGCCCCUCUAGCUCUUCGUGGAUGCUCGCCCGCUCGAGGCAAGGUAUGGCUACCUCUUGGUCUACGCCCGCUUCUUCCUCCUCCUGUCCGGCCCCUGGUGUCUCUUUCUCCCCCAAACUGGACCGCGAAGGCCAGCCCUCUGCCAAACGCCUUCGCAUAGAGAUCCCCAGUACGCCACCAGGCUCACCACACCGCACUCGCAGCAGGUCAGCGCGACCCUCGCCACGCUAUAUCCAGCGCCGCCGCGUAGAAAACCGCGAUACUGGCAUUGUUUCCGCGACCGAGCCGGGCCCCAGCAGCGGGUCAUUGUUGCGUCCCCAGAGGCUAGCAUCCGUGUCUUCCAAGUCCCAUUCCGUCCCCGUCUCUCCCAUCGACCCAUGUUCGAUUUCGCCGCAUAUACCCCCACACACGCCGCCCAUAAACAGAGAGACGCUCAAAGAACUAGACCUUGACGCAAUCCUCCGCAACCCCCAGCUCCGCCAUGAUCUGCUCUUUGACUCUGGACUGCAGUUCCGUCCAACGUCGAGCCGCCGGAAGCGCGAUCUCGCAGACCAUUACUGGCUCACGAUCGUGCGGGAACUCGAGACCGGGUGUACAUGCACGACCGUCGACAGCCACGGCAAGGUAGCCGAGCUCCGCUGUGCGUGCGAGGCGAUCCCAGUGGCGCCAAAACAUGCUACCGUGCGGUACAACGCAGGGAGCGGCAACCUCGCCACCGUGCGCAUGCCCUCACGCAUCGAACCGCUGUUGAUUGAGCUGCUCGCCGUCCUGGUCUCGAUUAUCCAGCCCCCACAGCCGCCGACCCUGCGGCCCCCAGAGCUGCUCUUCCCGCCAUCGCCCCAGAACCCACAGUACCACCAGAACCUGGCGCACAUCAACCUCCUGAAGGAGCACUUGGACCCGGGGCUCAUCAACCAGGAGAUCAGCCACGGGCUGUUCGACCCCUCGGGGCUCUUCCAGGUAAUCGGGGACAUCAUCCGCUGCCACUGUGCGCCGAUGCGCGACGCCGCGGUGGACCAGAUGGUCGGCCUCGCGCGUGCGUGCGCCCCGGGGGGGAAUGGCACGAAACUGGACGCGGUGCGCGCGAUCAGGAUGUGCUUCGAGAUCAUGGAGCUGAUGAAGCUGGAUGUGGCCAAUCAUCAACUCCAGACGCUGAGGCCGUACUUGGUGCGGACGGCGGGCGAUUACGAGGUGCAGAUCUUCUCGGACGAGAGGCACAAUGCGCGUCGCACGAUCCACAUGACGCGUGAGUGGCUGGGCAAGGCGUGGAAGGAGCUCAGUGGCGGUGGAUGCUCGCAAUCGGAGCUAUUCAUGAGCUCCUCGCGCCCGACGCAGGUGCUCAUGGCCGUGGUUAAAGCCACUGUCAACCUGAUCUUCGACCCACCCGCGGCCGGCGCGCCCUCCCCUCCAGCCUCUACGCUCUCCACACCUACCACCACCACACCCUCCACCACCGCCUCGUCAUCGUCUUCUCGCCCAUCCUCACAUGCCUCCAGCAGCAGCCAUGCAGCGUACUACGCGAAGUACCCCGAGACGUUCUACCUCGACUACGCACGCUUCGGCACGCUGAACACGGACGCCGCGGACUUCACAGCGCUGUACAUGCUCCUCAUGAUGUACCGCCAGCUCGUACACUCUCCCCUGAACCGUUCACCGCGCACACGCGGAGACGCCGUCGCCCCCGACGCACUCGUCCAGCUCAAGAAGGAGAUCUGGGAGAUCGGGCCCGCGCAUCCCGGUCUCUGCUUCAUGCAGGGCCGCCGCCCCGGCUCGUCCAGCCUCGGGAGCAGCAGGUCCGCCGCUGCUGGCACCAGCUCCGGUUCAGGCUCGAGUUCAAGACACGAACGCGACCGCGAGGCAGAGCUGCGCAAGUGGCGCGCGGAGAUCGAGGACGUCGCGCUGCAGGUCGCGAUGCACGCAUCGGAGCCGCACCGCGCGGGGGGCUCGAUGAAGGCUGCCGCGGCCGCUGGCGCACGGGAGCUGCACUCCCCGGACAUGCAGGUCGUGAAGUUCGCGCUCGGGUGGACGGAGGCGAACCUGCGGCACGGGUCGCCGUUCAGCGUGCUCUGCAGGAAGCGCCUGCGCGAGCGCGUCGAGGACGCCGUCCUUGCCAUCGUCAUCCCCCAGCUCGCGCCUGCGCCCGCACCCCUGCCACCUACCUCACCGACGGCUGCAGCGCCGGUGCUACCCUCAAAAGAUGCGCCGACGACGUCGAGCGGGCUCGAGCCGCUCGGCGCGGAGGUCGCGCACAUCUCCCAGCGCGCGGCGAAGCUCGUGGAGAUCCACAUGAACGUGUACGGCGAGCUGUACGCGCACCCCGCGUUCCUCGACAAGGACGUCCUCCCCUGCGCGAGCGCCGCCGUGACCCCUGCCGCGGCGGAGUCAUAG